CAUCCGGAGACAGAGGGAGUGAGAGAGAUGGACAGAGAGAGGAGAGGGGUUUAAGCAGCAAGGAGAGGUUCUCCUCUGCCGAUAAGGCUCCCGCCCCCGCUGCUUCGAGCUCGCGCGCGCGCGGGCCAUGGAGGCGGCCAUGGGUACGCUCGGCUCGCAGUCCCCGCUCUCCUUCUCCUCCGGCCUCUGCAAUGCAAAAGUAUCCUGUGGUUCGCUUGUUUACAAUGUGAAGAUCAAGAGCAAUCGAAGGCUUGAGGUUGUUUGCCAAGGAAUGUUUGCAACGAGAAAGUUUGUGCGGAAGAAGAAAGAAGAGGUCUUCACAGAUGCUGCUGAUGAGGCAAAACAAAAGAAUUGGAGGAGAAUGAUGAACGAGAUAGAGGAGUCAGGAUCAGCUGUAUCAAUCCUGAAGACUCAACGAAGCACGAAGGAGCCACUGCCAAGGGAUGCUGUUCUUGGGACUCUUGUGCGCUUCAAACAGCUUAAGAAAUGGAAUCUGGUCAGCGAGAUUCUCGAAUGGCUUCGAACACAACAUUGGUGGGACUUUAGUGAGAUGGACUUCUUGAUGCUUGUCACGGCUUACGGUAAGUUGGGAGAUUUUAGUAGGGCAGAAAGGGUCCUAAAGUACAUGAACAAGAAAGGUUACCGUCCGACUGUCAUAUCUCAGACUGCUCUGAUGGAAGCCUAUGGAAGAGCCAAGCAGUACCGGAAGGCUGAGGCAGUAUUUCAUAGGAUGCAGACAUCAGGCCCUGAACCAUCACCUAUUACAUAUCAAAUCAUUUUGAAAUCUCUCGUUGAGGGGGAUAAAUAUAAGGAAGCCGAAGCUAUAUUUGAGGACCUUCUUAGUGAGAAAAGAACCUUUUUUAAGCCAGACCAGAAGAUGUUUCACAUGAUGAUUUAUAUGUACAAGAAAUCUGGGGACUAUGCCCAGGCACGUAAGCUAUUCGCACAGAUGUCCGAGAGAGGAAUCCCACAGUCUACAGUUACUUUUAAUAGUUUGAUGUCGUUUGAAGGAGACUACAAGGAAGUUUCUAGUAUUUAUGACCAGAUGCAAAGAGCCGGACUAAAACCAGAUGUUGUAAGUUAUUCCCUGCUCAUCAAAGCUUAUGGGAAAGCUAGGAGGGAAGAAGAAGCAUCAGCAGUGUUUGAGGAGAUGCUUGAUGCUGGAAUCAGGCCAACACGCAAAUCAUAUAAUAUUCUGCUUGAUGCAUUUGCGAUAUCUGGAUUGGUAGAAGAGGCUCAAACAGUUUUCAAGACUAUGAGAAGACACAGGGUUGAACCUGAUCUCUGCUCUUACACAACAAUGCUCUUAGCUUAUGUAAAUGCUUCUGACAUGGAUGGUGCUGAGAAAUUUUUCCGUCGGAUUAAAGAGGAUGGUUUGAGGCCAAAUGUUGUUGUUUAUGGAACUCUGAUGAAAGGCUACUCGAAGUUAGAUAAUGUUGAGAAAGUAAUGCGAGUGUACGAGAGAAUGCGGAUGCAGGGUGUUGAACCCAACCAAACCAUCUUUACUACCAUCAUGGAUGUACAUGGCAGGAACUCCGAUUUUGGAAAUGCUGUCAUUUGGUUCAAUGAAAUGGAAACGCGUGGAUACCCGCCAGACAAGAAAGCAAAAAACAUCCUACUUUCGCUUGCCAAAACACCUGAAGAACAACAAGAAGCUAAUGAGUUGACGGGGAAUGGUGCAAUUCAGCUUGAAGUAAAACCCAGUGGAAUGACCUCUGGUUUAGAUAAGGAUGGUGCUGAUGAGCAUGAAGGUGGACGAACUGAUGCUGGGCAUCACGUUUCAUUGAAUGGUGCAUGCACAGCAUAUGAUCUAAAUGGUAGCAAUGGAGCUGGGAGCAGUCAUUUUGAUGAGGAGGAUGAAGAUGAAGAUGAUUACGAGGAAGAGGAUGAUGGAGAUUUAAAUUUUGUUUCUUUUAAAGAUAAGCGAGAACUAAAUUUUGCAACUUGACAUUUCUGAUUGUUGGUGUAUAUUUUCUUCUAGUAAAACUUAUGAUGGUGUUUCCUAUACGAAAGGACUUGUAGUAUUCUCUAAAUGCCAAUACAACUCCCCUGAAUGAUGUUUCUGUCUA